ACUGACGACCAAGACCCGUCCUCUGACCGGACGACAGACGAAUCCCCGGGCCACCAGCUACAGGACGCAGACAACCCAGAACAGCUGACGGACCAGCACACAGAAGAAGCAACGGAGCAGCCCGGAGUGAGCUCAGAGUCAGACAGCAAUGCCAAACCCAACACGACUGCCAAUGAUCAUGUUGCGUCUUCCUCGAAGGCCUCAAUUACUUCGAGCCUCGGCUUUUCUUUCAGGAAGUCGAGUGGUGUGCGAGCGUCUCAAGUACUUGCAUUUCGCCCCAGCAAAACAGCUGAAGCGGACAUGGAAAUCGCCAGCCUGAGUGACCGCAAAUAUUCCGAGGAGAAUGAGAACGACGCAUCCUUACUGGACAGAGAUGACAUGUCACAGUCCCUCGUUGACAUCCUAGAUGACAAUGAGCCACGCCUUGAGACGCUGACUCCACCCCCUCCCGUGCCCGAGAUCGACGACGGCCUGGUUCACAGCGCUUUGUUGACCGUCAGACAGAGUUUCACUGAGAAGACGGUGCUCGAGGAGCUCCAGAAGAUGUUCAACCUGUAUGAAGAUAGUCAAAACAAGACACUGACUUUGUCCAGGAAACUCCACAAGUACACGAGAAUUAUCGAGCGGUACGAAGAAAGGGAGACGAAGGACCCACGGUUGAAAAAGGCCCUGUUCUUUGCCAACGAAUACAGGAAAUCCGCGAAGAUUCCCGAGGAGGGGCGAUAUGGAACAACAGGAAACCGUCAAAAUGACUUUAGAAAACAAGGUCGAGAGCCUGACGAAACAGUUAAAGGAGGUGACGGUACAGUGCAAGACGAAGAGUGAGCACGAUUUGAAAAAAAUACAGGAAGAGAAAGCCGAAAUAAUGGAAAUGACCGGGCUGGAAGUUCAGAGACUGAGCAAAAAACUAGACAUGGCAGUCAGCGCGAAACAGACGCUGUUGAAAGCAAACGAAGAAUGCACCAAACAGCAAAAGAUUUUGGAAUCAAAGCGACAGGAAACAAAAGCUGCUCUGACCUGCAGCAUCGCACAAGAAGGGGCUUUGAUGAAAACGAAGCACGCUCUGGACGUUCACAUUCAAAGUCUGGAAAAGAAAUUAAUAAAAGAGAAGAGCGAACAAAAAGAACUGGAAGCCAAACUAAAGCUGGCUAACCGACAUCUGGAUGACUUCAAACGGGAGCUAACGACGGCAAAGGACGAUAACGCAAAACUGCAACAGCAAGUAAAAGACCUGGCUUCAAAAAACGACUUCCUGCAAAAUCGGCUGACGAAAGCAGUGGACAUUUCAAAGCGAGCAAAGGGAAACCUGGAUGUUUGUAAAACGAACCAAACUCACAGUCAGAUCGCACUCUCGGACCUCAAGUUGGGGUUACUGACCUGCCGACAGCACCUGAAGACCAUGACGCUGCAAUGUGACACGAUAAAGACUCGAUUAAACGAAGCACUUCAGCAGGUGAACUCGAAAGAGGAGCUUCUUAGAACAUCGCAGAGUAACGCACUUUCUGCCACACGGGCAAUUCACGAACUUGCCACUUUGAACAGCACACAGGAUGUCGCUAUAAAAGGCCUGCAGGACGAUCUGAAGAGAAUGUCAAACCAGUUUUCACUGAUGAUUGCAAAGAUGCGAGAGUACGCAAUGGAUCACGACCAUCUGACCAGUUACAUUCUCACGAUCGAGAAAGACAGACAAGUGCUGACGGACCAGAAAGCAGCACAGCGACAACAGAUCCACAUACUAGGGAGAAAGAACGCCUCCCUCUACACAAACAACGCGUCACAGCAGGAAAUGAUGGAGCUUAUGCGCUUCCAGAGUACCCUCAAGGAGAACGAAAUAUCCGGAUUGAACUUCUCGCACAAGAAAAAAGACGCAGUUAUCAUGUCUCUGCAGCUCAAAGAGAGCGACCAUGUGGACAGGUUGGCAUCGAAAGGGAAAGAACUCCUCAAGCUGUCCGACAGAGUGAGCGAAGUACGAGAGGAAAUGGACACCGCGAAAAAUCAGUUGUUCAGCAUGCAGAGUAUUCUCAAAUGCACCAUGGAGGACCUGCGGAUCGAAACUCUCAGGAAGGAACGGAUUCGCAAGGAACGAGAUCUGUUCGGCGCCAUGGCCGCCCAGCGGAAAGUGGAGCAAGACCUUCUCCAGGAGCGGGUCCGUGCCUUGGAGAAAAGACUACAGCACGGCCACGCAGCUUUUCUGAAUAAGGAGAAUGACGUCAAAGUGCUCGUUCUGGAGGUGAACAACCUGAGGAGGAAACUGAAGCUGUACGACCGAGAUAAACAAGUGCUCUAUGAACUCCGGAACGAGCACAUCGAGGUGCGUAGGGAUGCAAUCAGAACACAGGCGAAAUGUGCCGCCAUUGAGGCUAUGCUACCAACACGCCUGCACCGAUGGACAGUGUUAAAGGCAGAAGACCCAUCACAGUAUGAAUUGCACAUCAAAACUCGAUUGUUGACGCGCAAACUUAUCAAGAAAACAGUGGAAGUAAUUCAGAAGGAGCAGAUCAUCAUGAAGAAAAACAGGCUGUUUAUGGAGAUGAAGGCGAUGCUGGCCCUGAAGUCUCCAAAAGACCUGAGCAAUCAAGUUGUGGAAGCAAGUAAAGCCAUGGGCAGGAAAGACAGGCAGAUUAAGGCCCUGAAAGCAGAGCUGACCGUGAGCAUGUACAGUCACUCACAGGCCCAGAAAGAGGCGACUAAGAAGGAGCAGGAACUGGGGGAGACCAGGAAACAAUACCUGCGCCAGAAAAAGAUUAACUUCAGGCAAAGACAACAGCAGAACAAACUACCUCCCAUUAAAGCUAAUCCUCCACUAGUGAAAGGCUGCGGCGGCGGAUUUCGAUGGACUUCUCUGAUAGCAGCAAAGACAAACACAAAGGUAUACCCUCAAAUGCUUGUGAGUGGAAAUGUCAGACCAAAUAAAUGAAAGAUCCAAUUUGGGUUAUUUAUUCAUUUACAAAGACACACUAAAUGGACAUAGUUUGGAUCAACAUUUUUGACUUAAUGUGGGGCACAUUUAUAGUCAUACACAAGUUCACAAUGCAUUAAAGGAGGUUUUGUUUGACCAUCUAUUUAGGUUCAAAGGUGCACUAAAAGGACUGAAUUUCAAUCAGGAACUCAGGUGCAAAAGUGCAACUCUACAUAUAUAUCAAUACACUCAUUGAGCAUUAUAUUUUUAUUUUUCUUCAAUGAUUCAGUUUUCAUGUGCUCGACUGUAUCAUUGACCCAGUAUACAUAUUCUCUGUUGUGCUACACAACUUAUUCAGUAUAAUGCAUGACACUUAGCAUAGGUCAUGAUAGGUAGUUCAUUACUAUUGUGUGAGUCAUUCAUCCAUCGUACCACAACGACCAGACAGCGUAACCGUAUCAACUUUACUUCCUUUCAAGACAAAUAGAAUAAAAUAUUUUGAAGCAACGAAAGCAUAACUGUGGGCACAAUACACAUACAAGUCAAAGACAAAAGUACCACAGCAACAAACCACGUUUGUUUUGGGAGAACAACUUAAAAAAACCAUGGUUCAAAGACAGCCUCAGCACGUUUGAACUGAGAAUGAAAAGCUAUGUCAACAUAAAUAUCCAUGCAUGAUUGGAGAGUCUUGAUGACAAAACAAGAGGGAGCUAGUACUAGUUGUAGUAGACAAUGGCAGUUCAGGACCUAAAGGGAUAGUUGUAAUAUUCAUUUGGUUUACUCUGCUUGAGCCAUUUAACAGUACAUUUCAUUAAUAUGCCUAAAACCUAAUUGAUACGUCUUACAUUUUUAGUGCAAAAGAAGAGGCAUCAGGAAAAAAGCUCAAGUAAAAAAAAAGAGUUUUGAGUGAAGGGCAGUGCAAUAUUGGUCAUUACCAUAUUGCUUCAUGAAGAUGAUCCUAAACAUCAUUUCAAGUUAGAAGCUUUACAGGCAAAUGGCUGUUUAUUUCAGAAUGGAAUGGUGAUGUAGCGUACUAGCGUAAGAGACAAGUUCAUUUUCAUAACAUUGUACCUUGUUCAUCCUACUUUCAUCGGCCCACUGCAUUGCUCUUGCAAAAGUCAGUGCAAAAAGGGCUUCAUCGACGUUCAUCCAAAUGAAAGAUAAAGUUUUCAAAUAUGACAGAGAAACAUACAAAUGUGAAUGACAAAUAAACAUUACGUCUAGAAACAAU